AUGUCUACACCGAAAUCCAGAUCUGCCCUACAUCCAAGUAUGGAACCCAUCAACGGGAAGGUGCAGCCUCUGGUUGUGCCUAUCCGCCCUGGCAGAGUGACAAACAAGCUAAAAUAUCUACAGCACACUGUCUUGCCAGCCCUGUUGGCUUACGAGCAUGCUUGGCCAUUCCACGCGCAAGUAGACACCAUCAAGCUUAAAUUGGCUGACUACUUCCAAGUCGUCAAGUUUCCCAUGGAUCUGGGAACUGUGAUGCAGCGACUAGAAAACCACAACUACCGGUGCGCCAUAGACUGCAUCCUAGACAUCAACAUGAUUUUUGCCAACUGCUACACCUACAACCAACCCAAUGACGAUGUGGUAUUCAUGGGGGAGCAGUUGGAAAACAUUUUCCACCAAACAUUGGCUGGGAUGCCUAAAGUUGAGAUGGAUGACACUUCAACUCGGGGCCAGGCUACCGAAAAACAGAUUGGGCCCCAAGCAUCGGCGACACAAGCGGAUCCUGCUGUGCCCUCAUCAUCCGGACUUCAGAAAUCGUCGGCCCGGUCAUCCAUGCGUGUUGGGAACGAAAGGCAUCCCCAACGGCCGACGACGAGAUCCGGCCGGACGACCCGGAUUCCGGCUCACCUACGAGAAUUCGAUCUUCGGGGCCCCCGAUAG